AUUUAUCGUUUUUAAGUCAUUUAACCAACUUAAAGCACCUCGAAAUUCAAAAUGAUGAUGAACAAAGAAUCGAACAAGGAAUCAUAAAUUAUUUUUUUGGAUCACUAGGACCACUAAAAAAUAUAGACAAACUAAAAUAUUUAAAUAUUGAUAACACUGUUGUUGACUUUGGUUUAGAAUAUUUACCUACUAGUUUGAAGCAAAUUGCUUGCCAAACUAAUCCUGAGUUAAAAGAGGUACAAAAAAACAAUAAUUCCUACAAAAAACAAUCAUUAAAAAUAGUCUCAGAUGUGCCAAAAAAUAAGCAGGAUUCCUUAUUAUUACCAACAUAUUUACCUAUCAAACUCUACAACAUAAAAACAAAUAGAGAUGAAAAAGCUGAUGAAGUAAGGAAGAUGAGAAAAUGUUAUGGUGAGGGUGAAGUGACAUUGAUAUCUAUAAAUACUGAAGUAAAAGAUAAAAAUGAAAAUGCAGAAAGAUUAUUGUCAAAAGAAACUAUUUUUAUGUUUGAUGAUGAAUUAGUGGAUGGAUUGUUUCAAGCUCUAUCUGCUGUCAAGAACCGUGGUCGAGGAAUACCUAUUGAUGGUAUUUAUUCAAUCUUGGGAUUAUUGCCAUACGAUGAAAAAAUAAAGGUUCAAUACAAGCCAAAAAUAUGUCCACGAUGCCCUAAUCAAGAGGAAACUAAGGAUUGUACUCAUAACAAAGAUAGUAAGAAAUAUCCUAUUUAUACUAAAGAAGAAUUAGAAAAAAAUUUAAUCGAUAUAGUAAAAAUAGCAAUAGAAGAAGGACAUCCUGAACCUUUAACUUGA